GUUCUAUGAGCUUGUUCGAAAAGUAGGAAAGGUUGAAAGACAAUGGCCAACAACGUAAACGAAUCGCUCAAUUCUUUAGGGUCGACGCUCCUGGCGAGAAGGAAGCGAUUGCCCUCACCGGAAAAUGUGGUUGUCAUCCUACCCGACGAGUCGUGCUUCGAAUACGCCGUGCCCGAGAAGAGCAAGAAGGCGCGCACGGAAGUAAAGGUGAACUGGAGCAAGGAGCAAACAGAUGCCCUCAUUCAGGAGUACAAAGAAAACCAGAUAGAGUUGGAAAAGCCGGACACCAACAAGGGAACGAUCUGGGAUGGGAUCGCGCAAAGGCUGAACCUGAAGUUUGGCAGCGUCCACGUCAGUGAGAACUGCAUGGCCAAAUGGCGCAGUCUGAAGAACACUUUCAAGAAGGUUGAGUUCAGCAGCCGGGGCCCUGCGUCCAAGAAGAAAUGGGCAUUCUAUGAGGUGAUGUGCAGUAUACUUGGGGACGAGGUGCGCGACCCCGAGCCAAGGAGGUACUACAAUAGCAACGCGAGUAUAAUCAAUGAAAUGCCUACUCUGAGCCACACUCCUACUAGAGCAGAACCCACCCAGCCGACCAUCAAGAUCAUAACAGAGCCAACUGCGGUGCUCAGUACACUUAAUCCGACCGCUAGCCAAGAGGAGCUACAUUACCCCAUAUGGUUUAAACAGUUUUACCAGGCGUAUAGAAAAAACGAGGAAAUGAAAAUCGCUAUGCUAGCCAAAAUCAGGACGGACAUAAAAACCAUGGCUGAUCGACAGUGCGCGGCCAUUGAACAGUUAGCCAGAGUCCUAUCCAAGGAUAGUGUUUGAAUAUAAACUAUGGCAAAGGAAUGCCUGAUUGUGCUCGAUAUUUACAUUUUAACUUUUAUUUGUGAAUUUGAGUGUGAUACAAUAUUCAUAGUAAAUUUAGUUUUCUAGUAUGAACCUCUU